UUUAUUUCACAGUUUAUUGUUUGGCAUUCGUCGUUUUGUGUUUAGAUUCGUUGCGGAUAAGGUCUUUUUAAUAUUGUUGUUAUGAUGCCGCCAGAAGAAGCAAAAUCGGAAAAAAGUGUUGUUCAAAAAACAAAUUAUGACGAAGGAAUUCAUGUGGCAAGCACAGAAUACGCUUUAACUAGUAAACAAGAUGUGGAUUCUGAAGUGCCAAAGAAUCCGAAAUUGAGUUCUUCAUCCUCUGAAAAGGUGUUACAAGGUGGUCAAAAUCAGACGCGCGAGAAACGUGUACAAUCACCAAGGUCAUACAUCUCGUCUGCCUUCGAGGAUCCAUUGUCGCCAUCAUCAUCAGUAUCCCAAAACAUUGGCAGUGAUGCAACAUUCGAACCUACAAUUGAUAUGAUGGUAAAUGAUUUUGAUGAUGAACAGACUUUGAAUGAAGAAGAGGCUUUAGCUGCAUUAGAGUCACAAGAUCCGCAGGAAGAAAUUGACACGCUAAAAGAAGAAAGUGAAAUUCCACUAGAAGAGUUAUUGGCUAAAUAUCAAGCAAUGAUUGAACCUGUUGAAUUGCCACGCAAAAAACCAAAAAAAACUAACAAGCGCGUUAAAAUUAAAAAUAUUGCAUCAGCUAAGAAGGAUGCUAGUAAUGAUAAAAUUAGUGGAAAAGAGAAGGAAUCAAAUAAUUUAAUAAACGAAAUGAAUGAUGAAGAUGAAAGUGCAAGCAACGAUAUUUUGAAUGAAUCAAUUGAAGAUGAUGUUAAUAAUCAAACAACUUCCCACAUUUAUGAAAACGGAGUCGAAAAGAAGUUAUUGAAGCGCUCUCAUCUAUUAGAUUUAUAUCCUGAACAAUCUUUUACACCAGUUGCUGAUGAGGAACGAGAAAGAGAGGUAAAAACAAUUUACUUUGAUGAUGACUAUGAUGACGAUUAUGAUGAUGAAGACGAAGAAACUGUUAAAAAAACUAUAAUGGUGGGCAAUGCUUAUCAGGCUGUCAUUCCGUUUGGUCUAUCACAAUAUGGUGAUAUUUUACCUUAUGAAAAUGAGGAUAAGCUCAUAUGGGAACCAAGUCAAGUCAGCGAACAGGAAGUGGAAGAAUAUUUGUUAAAAGUGCGUGAUAUAAAACCUAUGUUGAGCGAUGAUCAAUUAAAAUCAAAGCCUACUGAUGAAGAUAGUGCACGCGAUUUAAAAAUUUUAACAAAUACUAUAAAUACUAUGCCAAAUGGCAAAGAAAAUAUACCACAAAAAUCGAAUGAAAACAAGCCAAUAGCUCCUACAUCUUUAGACAACGAUUCUAACGGAAUAGUGAAAGAUAAUGAACAAGCUUUACAUUUAUUGGUGCAAUGUGGUUAUGAUUUCAAUGAAGCUUUAAGGCGUAAAAGAUUAAAUGUUGUUCCAUUAACUGGCUCAAUGAGUUUAUGGUCAGAAGAAGAAUGCCAAAAAUUUGAGGAAGGUAUACAGAAGUAUGGAAAAGAUUUUCUGAAAAUACGACAAAAUCAGGUACGAACACGUACAAUGAGAGAACUGGUACAAUUUUACUACCUUUGGAAAAAAAGUGAACGUCGUGAUAAUAAUUUUGCGAAUUCCAAUACAGUUGAUCAUAUGGAUAUUUACUUAAAUGAAGAGGACGAUUUUGGACCACAUAAUAAUGCUGCUUCAUAUAUGUCUGGAUUGAUGACAACCACAAAUAAUGGAAGCAAUACUCGUAAAAUUCCAAAUAAUCUUCAAAAAAGUUUUCUUAUUAUGGCUGGCAAUAGUGCCGAUACUGUAUCCAAUACGCAAGCAAAUACAAAUACCUCAAAAAUUGCAAAUAAGAAACAAAAAAACGUUCCAACAGAUGAAACAUCAUCAGCUAUAUCAACGUUUAAUACGAAAUGAUAUAAGAUAAUGUAAAAAUUGGAUGGUGUAUAAUUUCUCCAUGCAAGGAUAUAGUAAAUAAAAUAGCGAGUGUGUAUACGCAUAAGUCUAAAUAAAUUCUGGAUAAAUGACAGGAGCGUUUUGUAAUAAGUUUCUUGUUUUGAAUGUUAAC